AUGUAGGCUUUCUAUAAAGUUUUGGCUGUACUGCCUUUUUUGUGAAGGAACUGACAUGUUGAUAUUGUCAAGCAUAAAUAGUCUGUGUGUGUUGAUAGAUUCUGUAGGAUACAAACUGCACAACUAUUAGUCCUCUUUUGUAUUUGAGUAGUUCUGCCAGUUUAAUGUGCCAGAAAUGUUGUUAGCCUGAAAAGGCAUACAAAAUAGUAGGCCUAUGUUUUGUGCCAGGAAUUUGUCAACACAUUAGUGGUCCAAAGUAAAUAGAAAAGCAACACCCGUUCUUCCUUACCUGCGUAAUCCUUGAUAAUAGCAUAACAUUUUUGCAUGUUUCACUUUGUUGUUAUUUAAGCAUCUAAAAUGUUCUGGAACAUUUUGUUUGAGAUCACACAAGGCCAGUAUUACCAUUGCCUUCACACUGAGACCCAAAAAGUAACCACAAGCAACCAUGCAAAAACAACGAUUUGCACUUACGUACAAUGAAGAGCAGACAGAAACAAUCUACUCUGCCUUCAGGCAAAACCCCGAAUCUUUCAAGAGCUUUAGAAGAAGAAUGGAGACCUCAGAGGAACACUAUUACGACUACCCCGAGUAUGAAAACAACAGCUCCAACUUCAGCUACGAUGACUAUCAGACCAUCUGUGAGAAGGGCGACGUGCGCUCCUUCGCGAGGAUCUUCCUCCCAGCUGUUUUUGUGUUAUCUCUAGUGAUUGGUUUAGCAGGCAAUGCUCUGGUUGUGGCGGUGUAUGCAUACUGCAAGCAACUGAAAACGAUGACUGACACGUUUAUACUUCACCUGGCUGUGGCAGACCUUUUGCUGCUCCUAACGUUGCCCUUCUGGGCUGCCGAUGCCGUCCACGGGUGGGAACUCGGGGUCACCGUCUGUAAACUCGUAUCUGCCCUGUAUACCAUCAACUUCACCUGUAGCAUGAUGCUGCUGGCCCACAUCAGCAUGGAUCAGUACUUGGCUUUGACACCAGGAGCCAGAAACACAGGCAUUACGCGUGCUUUUCAAAAGAAGCAUUGUGUAAAACUAUGUUUGGUGGUCUGGACCGUUGCGUUUUUUCUUGGCGUCCCUGAUUUGGUGUUUUCAACAGUCAGAGAGCUUCCUCAUAAAAAAAGCUGCAUCGCAAUGUAUCAAUCGGACAUGGCGCUCAGGGCUAAAGCUAGUUUGGAAGUGGUGGAGGUCGUAAUAGGCUUCUUGCUGCCUUUAAUAGUGAUGUUGUUCUGCUACACCUGUGUAGGCCGAGCCCUACUGAAGCUCCCUCAGGAGAGGAGGUGGAGGAAGUGGAGGUCCAUCCGUGUGCUGCUGGCGAUGGUGGGCGUCUUUGUGGUCACGCAGCUGCCCUAUAAUGUGGUCAAGUUCUGCCGGGCUAUGGACAUCAUGUACACGUUUGUAACUCACUGCGGGGUUAGUAAAGAGCUGGACAAGGCUACUCAGGUCACAGAGAGCCUGGCAUUGACACACUGCUGUCUAAAUCCUGUUCUGUACACUUUCAUCGGUUCCUCCUUCAGACAGCAUGUAUCGAAGUGUGCCAAAGACUUUGGAGAAAGGGGAAGGAGGUUGGCACGUACGAGAGAGCAACAAGAAGUGGAUAUCUCCUUGAAUUCUCAUUCACAGUCCCAAGAGACCAGCACUUUUUCCAUCUGAGCAAACUGAAGAGCAGAUGUUUACUAGCCUGUGGAGCUUUGCACAAUCUGCUCCUUUGCAAAAUAUGUACACAUUUACAGGGAAAAAUUAGUGAAGACAUAAGGCAGUAUUUUGACCAGAACAGUCAAAUUCUAACUGAAGUAAAAGCUAAGAUGCAAGAUGUCGAUAGUUGGGUUUAUACGAAACAAAUGGAAAAAGAACAAGUCCGCGGAGUGAUACGAGAGAUACGAAAAUAGCGCUGGACUACUAGCGGACAGAUGGUGAGUUCAACUCCUCCUUUAUGAGUUAGAACAUCUGGUGCGUUUAAAUAACCUUGGUCGAAGCAAGAUGUCUCUUUUGCAUAAUAUUUAACAAGACUUUCUUAACUCUACAUUUGCAAAAUGAUGAAUAAAGAAGAGUUUCUACUCGUAGGCUAAUUAUGACUUUGUGUGUAACGUUAUGACUUUGUGACGUUCAUGUUCGUUUAAUAAAUACAACCUUUCCCACAUGACUUGAAAACACCUUGAUAAACAUCAUUGCCAAUGAGAACAGUGAAUAUAGGCUAAUGGUAUGUUCAAGUCCUCCUGAAGUUUGUAUUUACGAGUUGGCAUGUCCGUCAAGUGCCUUCAAGUUACUUUGGUCGGAUGGCGAUGCAUCUUUUCUAUUGUCAGGGCCGUCCUUAGGGGGGUGCAACUGGUGCGGUCGCACCGGGCCCCCGCGGCGAACGGCCAACCACUCCCACCCCCCACAGAACGCGAUUGCGAAUGGACCGAGGGGUGCCCCGCUCCCUACCUCGCACCGGGCCCCGCGUCAGCUACGGAUG